AUGGCGAGUGGACAAGAAGACGAGAGAUUAAACUUUGAAGAGGCACCAUCUUCGUUCAAAUCCACAGCGUGGAGUCAUUUUGGCUUCAGUGUUAAGUAUGACGAACAAGGCACAAAGACAGUCAGCAAGCAAAACACGGUCUGCAAAAACUGUUUUGCAACGCUUGGCUACUCAUCAGGUAACACAUCCAACAUGAUGGCACACCUGCGUCGCAAUCACCCGGGCAUAAACUUAAGUGGAACAAGACCUAUCACCAAAACACAACAAUCCAUCCCAGCUGCCUUCCAACAGCAAUAUUCAACCCAUUCCGAAAAACACAAAAGCAUAACUCGUGGAAUUGGCGUGUACAUAGCCAAAGACAUGCAGCCAUACUCUGUAGUUAACGAUCGGGGAUUUCGUUUUUUGAUGAAGCUGGUCGAACCCCGAUAUAGCAUUCCCUCCCGCGCACAUUUCAGCGAUAAAAUAAUCCCAGAACUUUACGAGGUGUCUCGGAGUGAAGUUGAGAGCGAACUGCGACAAGCCCAAUUCCUCGCUCUUUCUACCGAUAGUUGGACAUCUAGAGGGACUACAAGCUACCUCACUGUAACUGUUCACUUCGUAGCAGAUUGGGAGAUAAAAUGCUACGUGCUACAAACUCGUCCAGUUUACGAGAGUCACACAAGCACUCAUUUGGCACACGAGCUCAUGCAAGCAGUCACUGAAUGGAAACUAGAGAGAGCAAAUGUCACCGUUCCAGUCACUACGGACAAUGCUCCAAAUAUAGUGAAUGCCAUCCGUGAUACCCGUGUUUUUGCACCACACGUUGCUUGUUUUGCGCACACACUAAAUCUCGCAGCAAAGAAGGCUGUUGCCCUCAGUGCAGUGUCACGCAUCCUGGGGAUGAUCAGAAGAGUGGUGACAUUUUUCCACAAAAGUACCACGGCUGCCCACGUUUUGACCAAGAAACAACAAAUGCUUAGCAUACCAGAGCACAAACUUAUUCAUGACGUUCCAACUCGUUGGAAUACAGCACAUGACAUGCUUGAGCGGUAUUUGGAGCAGCAACCUGCCAUAUUCUCUGCCUUGCUAGACGAAACUGUGAGGAAAACGCACAAAGACAUGGCCAUGCUCACCGACAGUGAGAUGAAGCUUGCAGAAAGGCUGAUACAGUUGCUUAACCCACUGAAAAAAAUGACCACACUGAUGAGCAGUGAAUCAAAUGCCACUCCAUCCAUGAUUCUCCCUCUUAAGACAAGGACUCUGCGAUCCAUGACACCAGAUCCACAAGACUGUCCAACCAUCAGGGAAGCCAAGCUAGCCGUCACAUCAGACUUGGAGAAAAGAUAUACAGAUCCAGAUCUAAUAGAUUACUUGCACAGAGCUACUGCUGUCGACCCCAGGUUCAAGUCAUUGCCGUUUCUUGAUGGAGCUGUCUGUGACCAAGUCUUCAAAAGCCUCAUUACAGAAAUUGUGGAGCAUGAACAGCAGGUAUUUGGCCUAUUAUAA